CGUUUUUUUGUUAAAAUUUUAUUUAAAAGCAUUUCUAUUGUCAGCUCGUCCUCCUGAGCCCCACUGUUCUGCGUCUCUUACCCUCCUUGACCUGGCAUGCCCCUCUCUACCAACAGACACGAGAUUCCUUAAAACUGCUUCGAUUUAGUGAUUCUCCUCAGAACAGCUGAUGGCUUUUCAAAUAUGCCUUGUUCUGAAGACCUUGGCUUUAUGAAUAGUUUCUUGGGCUUCACUGAUUUUUCUCAUCUGAAUUCUUAAAAGAUCCUGUAAUGUAAUAUGCACUAUAAUAUAUAAUUAUGUGCUUUACAUCAAGAAACAUUUUUUGAAUUCCUGCUUCAACAUAGGUAAAACUUUCAGAGUAGUUGAUAAAAAGAGGUGAAAGUUAGAGUUCCUUUACUCAUGGAGUUUAUGUUUUUGUUGGGGUGAAUAAGCCUGGCAUAAAAUGUUAAAUAACAAUAUGAAAUAGCAGAGAUUGAGGUUGUGAAAUAGAGACCAUAUUCAGAAAGAAACUCGCUGUUGUCUGGUGUGGUGGAGGCUGUGUUGUCUGCUAGUUUUAGUACCUUACUGCUCUUCUUCCAGUAGGUAGCCCUCCUGCUCUAAUUUGUCUGUGGGAGACAGGGUGUAUGAACGGGACAGUUUCAGGCCCCGUGGCAGAAACGUGUGCUUCUGCUGUGGAGAAGCAAGGUGUGUUGGACUUGCGGGUUUGGGAUGGAGACGGUUCAGCUAGGUCAGGUGGUGGAGCCCAGUGGCUGUGGGACCGGAGGAUGCAGCCUUGGUCUGCAGGGGAGACGGCAGACGGCUGGGGGGACAGGAAUUCUACCAGCACCCAGAACCGUGACUCCACUUCUUUUCUGCUUCUCUCCUUGGUUAUUUUUUCUUCUUCUGAUACAGGGAACCAGCGUCUCACUAGGAUUGUUUCUGACUGAUCACUGUCUUAGGACUUCCACGACAGGGUUUUGUGUGACCCUUGGCUUGCACUUCUGGGCACGUGCCUGGAUGUGGGAUAGCUGGGUCGUAGAUGGUAAAUAAGGACGGAUUUAUCUCUGCAACAGACUGCCAGCCUGGUUUCCAGAGUGGCUGCACCCUUGCACUUCCCCACCAGGGAUGUGAGUCCUGGCUGCCCUGUGUCCUCACCAGGCUUAAUAUUGUCAGGGUUUUUUUGUUUAUGGACUUACUGCUUGUUUUCCAUUUUAAUAGGCGUGUAGUGGUGUCUUCUCUGGCUUUGUUUGUGUUUCCCCAAUGACUGAUGGUGUUGAGCACCUUUCCGUGUGUUUAUUUGGCAUUUGGGUCCCUUAUUUAAAGUACUCAGUGCUCAGAUGUUGUGCCCAUUCUCUAAAAAACUGGGUCACUUGUUUUCUUACUGAGACAUGAACAUGUCCACAACAUGUAUUCUGGACACAAGUCCUUUACUAGAUACGUGGUUUGCAAAUACUGUCUCCUGGUCUUUUUACUUUUUAACGGUGCCUUUCAAAGAGAAGAAGAUUUCUUACAUUGAUGAAAUCCAGUUUAUCAUUUUUUUCUGUUAUGGUGUCAUGGGUAAAAAAUCUUUUCCUUAACACAGAGAUCUGUUCAGUACUAACAGAUAGUAACAUGCAGUUGUUAGUAAGUGAUGUUGACUCUCUGAGUGUAGUUUUCAUUAAGGAUCUGGUUUUCCAAUGCAGUAUUUCAUUGAGUAUAACAUGCACCAUUUUAAAAUGAACCACUAAUGAAACUAAAGCAAUACUUUCCUUAAACUGUGUUGUACCAUUGAACUGUCAGUUGUAAGUUGUUCCCAGAUUUCAGAGAUGCUAAAAUACAUGUUAAAAAGUGUGUCGGAGUCAGUGAAAAAAAUUUUUUUUUUUAAAUCUAUGAUCGGUGGUUGGCUGUUCCCCUACGUUUAUUGUAGACCCUCCCAGAAGUGCCAGAACCUGGGAUUUCUAAUUGCUGAGAAGCCAGUGGUAGCAUGUUGUUGAGUGUGCUCAGGUGAUUUCUGUGACCUGUGCAUGACCAGGAGAGAGAAAGGGCGACAGAACCCACAGGCGGGGAGCGUGUGUGUGUGCGUGUGAGGAGAGUGACAUGGGGGUGCAGCCCGGGGCGGGCGCAGUCGGAAGGGGUGUUGCAGAGUGAGCAGAUGUCUGUCCGUGUAUCCUGUCUGGGCCUGCCUCCCUCCUUUGUGAAACUGGGCCUGUGUUUUCUGCUGCACCAGCUCUGGGCUCUGGAGGCUGCCCCAGGACCAGAGCUGCUCUGCUUUCAGGUCAUCACCGACCGGCAAGAGUUCUGGGAAUCAGGCAGAUUUUAAUCCUCAGUUGACCUGCUGCUGUGUCCGUGGUGUUCCUGGGCCCCAGCUUGUUGAAUUCCCACGUUUGCCUGACAGCGAAACACUAUGUUGUCAGAGUUGUAGCCUGUGGCCUGAAACUUACUCAGGAUUAUUCCCAAGAUACCGAACAAAACCAUACUGUUGUAGCCUCUGUAAAUAUUCCACAAAAGUGCUUACUUCAUUCAAAAAUCAUUUACAUCGUUAUCACGAAGAUGAAAUUGACCAAGAGCUGGUGAUCCCUUGCCCAAACUGUGUGUUUUCCUCUCAACCCAAAGUUGUGGGAAGACACUUCAGAAUGUUUCAUGCACCUGUUCGGAAAGUCCAGAACUACACAGUGAAUAUUUUAGGUGAAACUAAAUCGUCUAGGAGUGAUGUGAUAAGUUUUACGUGUUUAAAAUGUAACUUUUCAAACACUCUGUACUACAGCAUGAAGAAGCAUGUGCUGGUAGCCCAUUUUCACUAUUUAAUUAACUCCUACUUUGGCCUGAGAACUGAGGAAUUGGGUGAGCAACCGAAAGCUGACGAUACCCUUUGUACGGAGAAGAUGCCCCCUUCUGACAGAUAUUACUGUAAAAAAUGCAGUGCCAACGCCAGCAGCCAGGAUGCUUUAAUGUAUCACAUUCUGACCUCGGAUGUGCACAGGGAUUUGGAGAACAAGCUCAGGUCCGUGAUCUCAGAGCACAUCAAGAAGCCUGGGCUCCUGAAGCAGAUGCACAUUGCGCCCAAGCCAGCUGCACACACGGCUGCCCCUGCCAGCGGCAGCGCUGUGGGCGCCUCGGCCACGCCUCCGUGCUUCCGCCUUGCCUUGCCGCAGGCCAGUCAGAGCCAGACCUCAGGACAGCCAGUUCAGGGUGCAGCCCCGCCGGCGACCGUGGCCUCGGGUGCUUCUGGAAGCCUCACCCACUCUCCGCCAGCCGUUGCCCAGUCCCACGUGACUCUGGUCUCCAGUCCUCUGCCCGUGGGCCAGAACAGCCUCGCUCUGCCACCCUCGACGCCACAGCCUGUCUUUCUCUCCCACGGAGUCCCGCUUAGUCAAGCAGCAAACUCUCCUGUGUUGCCCUUGAGUAAGCCAGUUGGACCCAUAAAUAAGUCUGUUGGAACCGGUGUCCUUCCCAUAAACCAGACCAUCCGCCCAGGGGUUUUGCCCCUCAACCAGCCUGUUGGGCCCGUAAGCAGACCAGUGGGGCCUGGAGUUCUUUCGGUAAAUAGGCCCGUUGGGUCUGGUGUCCUUCCUGUCAAUCCCUCUGUCACCCCUGGGGUGCUUCAGGCGGUCUCACCAGGGGUGAUUUCUGUGAGUCGGACGGUCCCAUCAGGAGUGCUUCCUGCAGGACAGAUGACCCCUGCUGGGGUCAUCCCUUCGGGACAGGCAGCAACUUCCGGGGUCCUCCCUGCUGGCCAGAUGGUUCAGUCGGGGGUUCUCCCCAUCGGCCAGACGGCUCCAUCAGGGAUGCUCCCCACUGGGCUGACGGUCCCACCACGGGUUCUCCCUCCUGGCCAGACAGUCCCCCUGCGGGUUCUCCCUGCCGGCCAGGUGGUCCCACCAGGGCUCCUUCCUCCCAACCAGACGGUCUCAUCAGGUGUUCUCCCGGUGACCCAGGGUGUUAACUCUGGUGUUCUUCAGCUCAGCCAGCCUGUUGUGUCAGGGGUUCUUCCUGUGGGCCAGCCAGUGAGGCCAGGGGUCCUGCAGCUUAAUCAGGCUGUGAACACCAGCAUUCUGCCUGCAAAUCAGCCUGUCAGACCCGGUGCUUCACAAAACACCACUUUCCUGACAUCAGGCUCCAUCCUCAGACAACUGAUACCCACAGGAAAACAAGUGAAUGGGAUUCCCACGUACACACUCGCCCCGGUUUCUGUCACUUUGCCUGUGCCACCUGGGGGUGUUGCCACUGUUGCCCCUCCCCAGAUGCCCAUCCAGCUGCUGCAGUCGGGCACAGCUGCACAGAUGGCCAGUUCCGUGGCCAGCAUGCCCUCCCCGCCAGUGGUGGUGAAUGCCGCUCAGAAUGUGUUGGUUCAGGCCUCUUCAUCGGUGUCAGAGUCAAAUCAGGCACUCAAGCAGGCGAAGCAGUGGAAGACCUGCCCAGUGUGCAACGAGCUCUUCCCUUCCAAUGUCUACCAGGUCCACAUGGAAGUGGCGCACAAGCACAGUGAGUCCAAGUCUGCUGAAAAACUGGAGCCGGAGAAGCUGGCGGCGUGCGCACCAUUUCUGAAGUGGAUGCGGGAGAAGACGGUGCGGUGUCUGUCCUGCAAGUGCUUAGUCUCGGAGGAGGAGCUCAUCCACCACCUGCUGAUGCACGGCCUGGGCUGCUUGUUCUGCCCGUCCACCUUCCAUGACAUCAGAGGCCUUUCGGAGCACAGUAGGACCAUGCACCUGGGGAAGAAGAAAUUGCCCGUGGAUUACAGUAACAAAGGCUUUCAGCUGGAUAUUGAUGCCAACGGCAACCUGCUGUUCCCCCACCUCGACUUCAUUACCAUCUUGCCCAAGGAGGAGCUGGGGGAGCGGGAAGUCUACUUGGCAGUCCUGGCUGGGAUACACUCCAAGUCGCUGGUGCCUGUAUACAUCAAGGUGCGGCCCCAGACCGAGGGCGCCUCUGGGAGGCCCGGCAGACAGGCCCUGACCUGCCCCUUUUGCUUUGGCACCUUUGUGACGGCAGAAGCGUACGAGCUGCACCUGAAGGAGAGGCACCACAUCACGCCCACAGUCCACACGCUUCUGAAGUCGCCGGCGUUCAAGUGCAUCCACUGCUGUGGGGUCUACACGGGCAACAUGACCCUGGCCGCCAUCGCCAUCCACCUGCUGCGCUGUCGGAGUGCUCCGAAGGACAGCAGCUCCGAUGUCCAGGUCCAGCCGAGCUUCAUCGAGAACAGUGAGCUGCUUUUAGUCAACGGUGAGGUGAUCCAGGACUCCAGUUUUUCUGUGAAGAGAAAGCUGCCUGAUGGCCACUUUGGGGCAGAAGACCAGAGGGACGGCGAGGAGAGGCCUCCUGUCACACAUGCUGCCACAGACCCGGCUCCAGAAAAGGGGACGGGUGUUGUGCCUUGUAAAAGACAGAGGAAUGAAAGCCGGACGGAGGGGCCACUUGUUAGUGACGAUGCUCUUCAGAUUUUAGCAUUAGACCCUAAGAAAUAUGAAGACCGUUCUUAUGAAGAAAAAAAGCAGUUUCUUAGAGAUUAUUUUCACAAGAGACCAUAUCCUAGUAGAAAGGAAAUAGAGCUGUUAUCCUCACUCUUAUGGGUGUGGAAAAUUGAUGUGGCUUCAUUCUUUGGAAAAAGAAGAUACAUUUGCAUGAAAGCAAUAAAAAAUCACAAGCCUUCUGUACUUUUAGGCUUUGAUAUGUCUGAACUUAAAAAUGUUAAACACAGAUUGAACUUUGAGUAUGAACCACAAAACUUGUAAAAAAAAAAAUAGGAAAUUAAAGUACUGAUAAUUAGUAGUUUUUUCAAUUGAGAUUUAAAAAACUUAUUUUCUUCACUGUAUGUUGAACUAAUCAAUUCAGUGGUCUUUAUGCUGCUCUUCAGAUUUAUUUCAGGUGCUCGGAAAGACUUCUGUAUAAAGAAGUGAAUAGUUCUUUCAAAUUUGUUGUUUCCUGCAGUUUGAUUUUAUAACAAUUAUUUUUCGUUAUUUUUGUCAUGUAAAUUAAAUCUUUUAAUAUUUCAUGCACGCCUUGUUUUCCCAGUACUGUCAGUAUCGUACGAGAAAAACUGAAAUCUAUAUGUUUGUUUUUCAUUUAAGGAAGUUUCAGCUUGUUUCAGAAUACUUGAUUAAUUGCAAAUUAAAACAUUAACCUCCCUCAGUUAACAGCAAAUGAUACAGUAAAAGUUUAGAGAUGUGAGUAUAAACCCCUGUGAUGUGUGGUUCCUUAAAGAUGCACUGCAUUAACUUAAGCUGAUUUCUUCUUUGUAAAGUAUUUGCUUAUUAGAUUGUAAUUUUGAUUUACAGCUUUUCAGGUUUGUCCUGACAGCUGUUUUUGAUUAUAACUCAGAAAACCAAAUGUUUUCAUUUGUUAAAAAUACACCAGACCUGAAGUCUGGUAUUUAAGCUCAUAAGUCAAAAGUCAUUUUGCAACUAAAGUAAUUCUGUAGGUGCAGAAAUACGUUUCAGUGUAAACUUUCCCCCUCUUUUUGAUACGGUGGUAAGUCUUUUCUCCAUUCAAAGAAAACAAUGAAUCUUUAGUGCCUUUAGAACUGAAAACACACACACAAGCUCUUCCCCUAACCUAACUGUUCAUAAACCAGUACAAGGGAAGGACUGUGUUGCUCAGGAAUAAAGUAUUGACCCCUGAGUGUGGAUACUAACUGGAAUUUAAACACAGGUGUUCAGGGGAUGAGGUGAAAUGACCAGACCAAGAGCUAAUCUCGUGGUCGGUGUAUUAAUAACUCUGACAGUGUCCUAGACAGUUUCCUGUGGGCUUUCCCAUAGCCCAGUUGUCCAGGUUAGUGGGAUGAGAUAUUGCUAAGGAACUCAAGUGUAUUACUGUCCUUUGGACAGCCUAAGCCUUGGCCUUUUCACACAGUAUAAAAUAACUGAAAGCACCAGAACCGCUAAGGGAGACCAGCCAGUUAUACCUGAAGUUGUUAAGUCGUAUUGCUUUUGACUGAGAGCAGGGCCUCUGUGCAGCCUCCUCAGCAGAUAGGACCGUCUCUGGGAAGUAAGAUAAUGUUACCAUAUGGGCUUUUAAAAUAUAACACUUGCAUGUCGUUGCUGUAAUGUGCAUUUCUGAGGCAGUCGUGAAGCUGGUGUGUGAUUGUUGGUGUGCUCUCCUGUAAAUUCAGAGCUUGUUCACUUUUUUUUUUUUUUUACCUAUUGUUUUCAGAAUGUCUAUUUUGAAUUAAAAUUUGUUAUACCACUGCA